AUGCCGGUCCAGGCAGAAGGAGUUUUUAUGAAAAAAGUAUUCAGUGUAAUUCUAUUAUUGGCAUUACUGCCGAUUCUGGUUUCCUGCAAUAGAGGUACGCAAGGCAGAAAAUUUGCGGCCAGCUUCAUGACGUUGAAUAACCCGUUCUGGGUCGCAGAGGUGGCAACGCUGAAAGAACUGGCCAGAGAGAACGGGGAUCGAAUUACCGUUUAUGAUGCUCAACUGGAUCAGACCAGACAGAUAUCGCAAAUUGAGGACGCGAUACAGUCUGGAAUCGAUCUGAUAUUUAUCAGUCCGUAUGACAUGAAAGGGAUCCGGCCGGCCCUGGAAGCUGCGCAGCAGGCAGGCAUUCCUGUGGUCAAUAUUGAUACUUCUGUAUUUGAUCAGGAGCUGGUGGAGACCGAGGUUAUUUCCGAUAAUUUUCUGGCUGGUGUACAGGCGGGAGAAAACCUGGUAGAGGCUCUGGCCGGCUCCGGCGAUAUCGGAAUUAUUAAUUUAUCUGUUAAUGUAGUGGUUCAGGAACGUGUCAGGGGUUUUCUCAGCGUGAUUGAGCAGUAUCCGGAUAUUCAGGUGGUCGCGGAUCUGGAUGGCAAUGGCAGUGUAGAGGCCGCCCUUCCCUUGAUGGAAGCGAUGCUGGAGUCGAAUCCUGAGAUUAAAGGUGUUUUUGGUAUCAAUGAUCCAACCAGUCUGGGUGCCAUUGCAGCCCUGGAGAGUGCGGGCCGGACCGAUGUCGCUGUCGUUUCUGUUGACGGUGCCAAAGAUGCCAUUCACGCGAUUCAGGAAGGGCAGAUGCUGGGAACAGCGGCGCAGUUCCCUUCCAGAAUUGCCAGCGAAAGUAUGAAGCAGGCCUAUAAAAUCCUGAAUGGUGAGAGUGUGGAGCAUACGGUUGUCGUUCCGGUUGAAUGGAUCCAUAAAGGAAAUGUAGAAAGUUACACUCCGUAUUGA